UGUAUUUUUUUUAAAUAUUCAGACAGUAUUAUGAAGCGUAUCAAUGUGUUCAUUGUUAAUGUAUGUCUGGAAUAGCAUAAGGAAGAGUAGCGGAGUUGGUGGUUGCAGAAGGGAGCACCUCCUCAGUGUGGAGGUGCGGUUUGCGCUGGUUUUUGUCUCUGUCUCCGUGUUUUGAAGAAGAGGACCAUGGUGGAACUGGAGAAGGAGGUGCUCCCGCUGCCCCCUCGGUACCGGUUCCGAGACCUGUUGCUCGGAGACUGGCAGGCGGACGAUAGGGUCCAAGUGGAGUUCUACGUGAAUGAAAACACAUUCAAAGAGCGCCUCAAGCUUUUCUUCAUCAAAAACCAAAGAUCCAGUCUGCGAGUGCGAAUGUUUAACUUUUCUCUAAAAGUAUUGAGCUGCCUUCUCUACAUUGUCCGAGUCCUGCUUGACAAUCCCCAAGAGGAGAGACAGGACUGCGGUGGAGGAGUUAACUGCACCAAACAAAACGCAUCCUCCCGUCCCUGGAGUGAGUUUGACUGGAAACUCAUCAUCUGGGUUGAUAGACCUCUGCCGCUGUGGGCGCUGCAGGUGCUUGUGGCUUUCAUCAGCUUUUCAGAGACUAUGUUGCUUGUAUAUCUCAGCUACAAGGGUAACGUUUGGGAGCAAGUAUUACGUGUCCCGUUCAUACUGGAGAUGAUCAGCACCGUUCCCUUCGUGAUCACUGUGAUUCUGCCUUCCUUUAGAAAUCUCUUCAUUCCUGUAUUUCUCAAUUGCUGGCUGGCCAAACACGCUUUGGAGAACAUGAUUAAUGACCUUCACAGGGCGAUCCAGCGGACACAUUCAGCCAUGUUUAACCAGGUGGUGAUACUUAUCAGCACGCUGGUCUGUCUAAUGUUUACAUGCAUCUGCGGCAUCCAGCACCUGGAACGAGCCGGAAACAACCUCACCCUAUUCGACUCGCUCUACUUCUGCGUGGUCACCUUCUCCACGGUGGGUUUUGGAGACGUCACCCCCAAGAUCUGGCCCUCACAGCUCCUGGUAGUCAUCAUGAUCUUUGUGGCACUUAUCGUGCUUCCCAUCCAGUUUGAGCAGCUGGCCUUUCUGUGGAUGGAGCGACAGAAAUCUGGGGGCAACUACAGCCGCUACAGGGCACAAACGGAGAAGCACGUGGUGCUGUGCGUCAGCUGCCUCAAGAUCGACCUCCUCAUGGACUUCCUCAACGAGUUCUUCGCUCACCCCCGCCUGCAGGACUACUAUGUGGUGAUCCUUUGUCCAGCUGAGAUGGACGUGCAGGUUAGACGGGUCCUUCACGUCCCUCUGUGGGCCCAGAGAGUCAUCUACCUGCAGGGGUCUGCCCUCAAAGAUCAAGACCUGAUGAGGGCCAAGAUGGACGAUGCUGAGGCCUGCUUUAUUCUCAGUAACCGAUUUGAAGUGGACCGCAUUGCUGCUGAUCAUCAGACCAUCCUCCGAGCCUGGGCAGUCAAGGAUUUUGCCCCCAACUGUCCCCUGUACGUCCAGAUUCUCAAGCCGGAGAACAAGUUCCAUGUCAAGUUUGCAGAUCAUGUGGUGUGUGAAGAAGAGUUUAAGUACGCCAUGCUGGCUUUAAACUGUGUGUGUCCCGGUACAUCAACUCUCAUCACUCUGUUGAUCCACUCCUCUAGAGGACAGGAAUGCCAUCCAAGUUCUGCAGACCAGUGGCACCGGACCUACCGGCGCUGCUCAGCCAACGAGGUACAUCACAUCCGCCUGGAAGAAAGUAAAUUUUUCGGGGAAUACCAGGGCAAGAGUUUCACAUUUGCUUCCUUUCAUGCGCACAAAAAGUAUGGAGUGUGUUUAAUCGGAGUACGCAGACUUGACACCACCAACAUCCUGUUAAACCCCGGACCGUGCCACAUCAUGGGGGCCUCUGACACAUGCUUUUACAUCAACAUCUCCAAAGAGGAGAACUCAGCGUUCAUCAGGGGCCAGAGGGAGCCGUCGUGGGGUGGCGCAGGAGGAAAUGCCAGAGGAGUGCACCAAAGUAUCUACCAUGGACUCACUCGCCUGCCAGUCCACAGUAUCAUCGCCAGCAUGGGCACCGUGGCCAUCGACCUGCAGGACUCCAGCGACAGCAGCCCGGAGGGCCAGGACCCCGGCGGCGCUGGGCUCGGCGGUGGAAGAGCAAGCAGAAGCAGCUCCAGGGCUGAGCCCGGGGGCACCAACACCUUGGCCCUGCCGGCCAUGGGGGAUUCAGCAGAGGAGAGACGGCACAGCAUCGCCCCCGUCCUGGAAUUAGUGGACGGUGUCAACAGCCCCACCUUCGACCUGCUGGGAGACCAGUCAGAGGAUGAAGGAGGAGAGGAGGGCAAAGAUGACGGCGACAGAGAUGAGAAUGCCCACUGGUGGGGCCGGCACUGCGAGUGGGUUAAGGGAUACCCGCUAAACUCUCCAUACAUAGGUAGCUCGCCCACAUUGUGCCAUCUUCUCCAAGAAAAGAUGCCUUUCUGCUGCCUGCGCAUGGAUAAGGCUUGUCAUCACAUCCCUUUUGAGGAUGCCCGCUCCUACGGCUUCAAAAACAAAUUGAUCAUUGUGUCUGCGGAGAGUGCAGGAAAUGGUCUGUACAACUUCAUUGUGCCUCUGCGGGCCUACUACCGACCAAGAAAGGAGCUCAACCCCAUCGUGCUACUUUUGGAGAGCAUACCUGAAGCAGAUUUCUUGGAAGCCAUCUGUUGGUUCCCCGUGGUAUUCUACACAGUGGGCUCCAUUGACAACCUGGACAGUUUGCUGCGAUGCGGCGUUACUUUCGCAGACACCAUGGUGGUGGUUGACAAGGAGAGCUCCAUGAUUGCAGAGGAGGACUACAUGGCCGACGCAAAAACCAUCGUCAACGUCCAGACCCUGUUCAGACUAUUCCCAGGUCUCAGUAUCAUCACGGAGCUCACGCAUCCCGCCAACAUGCGCUUCAUGCAGUUCAAAGUCAAAGACCACUACUCCCUGGCUCUGUCCAAACUGGAAAAGAAGGAAAGAGAGAAAGGGUCAAACCUGGUCUUUAUGUUCCGCCUGCCCUUUGCUGCCGGGAAGGUUUUCAGCGUUAGCAUGCUGGACACUCUCCUCUACCAGUCAUUCGUGAAGGACUACAUGAUCUCCAUCGCCAGGCUGCUGCUGGGGUUAGACUCCAUGCCCGGCUCGGGCUUCCUCUGCGCCAUGAAAAUCACCGAGGACGACCUGUGGAUCCGAACAUAUGGACGCCUCUAUCAGAAAUUAUGCUCCUCCACGGGAGACAUUCCCAUCGGCAUCUACCGCACCGAAGCCCACAAGCUUCCAGUGUCCGAGUCCCAGGUAUCCAUCACGGUUGAGGAUUACGAGGACACCAGAGAACCCAGAGAGCCGCUCCUAUCCCGUACCGGCGCCCACCGUAACUCCACCUCCUCGGAGCCCAUAUCCACCUCCUCCCAUUCUUCAGAUCACCCGCUGCUCCGGAGGAAGAGCAUGCAGUGGGCACGGCGGCUGAGCAGGAAGGGGGGUCGGGGAUCCAGCGGAGCCAAAGGUGGUCCGGGCAGCGCUGCGGAGAGGAUCAGUCAGCAGAGACUGACUCUGUUCAGGCGCUCGGAGAGGCAGGAACUCAACGCUUUGGUGCGAACGAGGAUGAAACACUUGGGCCUUUCUCCAACUGGGUUCAAUGGGAUGACAGACCAAGGAAACAGACUGUCAUACAUCCUUAUCAACCCCUCCCCAGACACCAGACUGGAGCUGCAUGAUGUUGUGUACCUGAUCAGACCAGACCCCCUCUCCCUGGUGCCCAAUCAGGGGAGCAGCAGGAAGUGCAGCAGUGGACUAUCAGAGAGCCACAGGUUUGAUACGCAAGACAGCACCCACCUGUGAGAGACACAAGAAAAAAGACUCGAGUCUUGCCACGACACUGGGAGGGAGAGGAGAAAUCAAAUCAACACAAUCAUGAAGGUGAAACUCACACAAGCAUAAGACAGAAAAAGGAAACCACCAGAAGGCUCGUCAGGCAGUUCCAGACUGCAUGGACCUCUUCUGGCACGAUGGGAAUGUUUUAUUUAUGCACCUUCCGAUUUUCAAAGCUAAGAGCUGCGGACACAGAAGUGCAUUUAAUGAAAACAAACAAAACAAACCAACUUUAUGUAUUUAUAUCUGUGUAUGUGCAUGUUACGUACUACAACAUGUACUGUAUCCGCAGUGUGUACGUAUGUACAGUGGCACGCAAAAGAUUUCUGUCUAUGUAAAUUGUUUGACUACAAAAUGAAAUGAUCAUAUAAAGUUAAAGAUGAAACUUUCUUUGCAACAUCUGACGCAAGCUUAGUCUAUUUUUGUGCAAAUGUUUAGGCAUCCCUGGUUAUUUGAGAUCUGAGGUCACUAACUGUUUGUUAACAGUCAACUUGCCAAAGAACAGGUGGAUUUCCCGUCAUCAUUAGUACUUUAACUCCUCAAGUCUCUUCACAAUUAUCUGCAGCCACGGAUUUCUCUCUUAAUAACAUCAUCAAUGAAAACAAACCAUUUUCACAUAAAUGGUCCUUCAGUCUGUGUUGUUAUUGAAGAAUAAGAGUUAAC